GCUUCGCCCGUCGCGAUAUCGUUAUUGACAGAACGUCAAUUAGAGAGAUACAGAAAUACAGACAUAUACAGACAUACAGAUGAAUUCACAAAAAGGAAAAACGCUUUGAUUAGUCGGUCAGUCUAUCAGGCGCCCAGGCGUCUGUCCCUAUCUGUUCCUGGGCUGUGUCCUGGCGGCUUGCGGCGGGGUGGAUGGCAGCACAUCCGGGAGCAUCGGAUUGGCCUGGGGGAAGUCCACCCGAGGCAGCACAGCACCGCCACGUGUGUGUAAGCGACUGUCAAACAUGCGCAGCAUCUGUCUCGACCGCCUGUCGUCCCCCUCGGCCGGCGACUCAGCACGGGAGGCCCUCACUGGAGCUAGCUGGGGACGGGCGGGGGGCGAAGAGGGCGCGACGGAGGAGGGCACACUGGCCCGGCCGGCCGGUCGCAUGACGGACGCUGGAUGGAUGGGUGGGGACGAGGGUGUGAGUGAGGGCGACGGGGCUUUCCGAGCGGACAGCUCCAUCUUGUGCUUCAGACACUUCAGACACACCUGCAGAGAGCAUCGCAACCACAGACAGACAGACACGUGUGCAAAUGCGGUAGGUCCUGUGGUGCUGUCAGGGUGUAUGGUAUGUGUGUAUCACCUCACCUGCAUGAAUUCGUUCCACUCAUUCGGCGUGUGUCGCUGCAGCGUCAUCGAAAGCGUCUCCACCUCGUGGAACAAGGCCUCCAGCCGCUCACGCAACGAAUCCCUCUGCAAAUCAAGAGAGCUGAAUGCUCCAUUCCUUCGCCCGUGAGUACGUACCACUUGGGUGUGCGCGCCGCAUCCUGUGAACCGCGAUAUGACAAAUGUGUAGAAGACGUCCCAACUGUAGCCGUCCAGCUGCCCAAAGAGCCCACACACAGACGCACCGAAUUAUCCAUCCAUCCAUCCAUCCAUUUCGUUCACUCACCACAAACAUGGCUUGGCACACGUUGAAUGUGUCGACCACUCCGCUGAGGGCUGGUGGUACCGUCACGCCCGGCAGAACGCCAUGGCUGCCGUCGUCCUUCUGGUCAGGUGGGAACAGGUGUGGUAUAAAGGCCUUCAGCACGUCGAUGCGAUGAGGGUCGGUGAGGACGUACAGACACACCAGACGAGGCAUCUGAGAACGACACACACAGCCAGCCAGCCGAGUGACAUCCCUGUGUAGUGGUGUGGGAUGAGGGGGUGUGUGGCCAGAUUUACGAUGAGCAGCGCCUCGACGUCGCAUUCUAUCAUCUUGUCCUCCAGCGAUCGGGACUCGUCAAUGUCGCCAUCACCACCACACACCGCACCAGUGCCCGCACCCCCACCACCACCAGCGCCAGCACCAUCACCAUCACCGGCCAGCGUGGCCCUCUCCUGGGCCGUCCGCUCGCGCAUUGUGUCUGCGAUGUGUCGCUUAAAGGCCUCCUGGUGCGGACGGAGGCACCUCUUCUGCAUGUCGAGAAUGCGCAGCAUGUAAUCGACGAGCUCAAUCAGAUGCCUCGUCAUGGCCGGGCACUGCAUCCACGAGACAGAAAGGUGUGCUUGGUGCUUCUUCGGCCGGGGUGUGUGUGUGUGUGUGUGUGAUGACCCGCAGGUAUUUGUGUGCGAUCUCCCAGGUCUCUUCGAUACGCACGAGGUGCUUGACGAUCUGAGUGUUGUUCUGGAGGUGGGGGUCGAUCCUCUCGGGCGUCUUGUGCAACGCGCGCAGGUGGCUGCAGACAGACAGACAGACAGACAUACAGACAGACAGCCACACAACAGGAUGAGUGUGUGUCGUGUGUUGUUGGGCCACGGCUGGCUGGGUGGGUGGGUGGGCUGCUUACCAUCUGAAGUCGCGGAGUGCUUGUCUAGCUGCCUGGGCUAGCGCCGACACGGCCGCGAGAUAGUGGUCGGGCGACCUGUCUGAGAUAGACACACACAAAAAUAGCCAUCACUCCCUCCCUCCCUCCCUCCCCCCCUCCCUCCAUCCCUGCCUCUCACCAGCCAGCGUGAUGACAUCCUCGCAGCAGUCGAGUAUGUCCACCGUGAAGUCGUCCCGCCCCUUGCGCCGCGUGUUGGCAAUGCUGUUCAGCCGAAACACCUUCCGCACAAACGACGCGCGCAGGUCCCGGUACUUGACCGGCGUCUUGAUGCCCAUCUCCAUCGAGUGCAGCUGCAUCUCCACCUGUGCCAGCUCCACCACUGGCAGCCGCGCCUUCUUCUCUAUGGCGAUCAGCUCAUAGAUGUACUGCUUCUCAAAUUCGGCCCACUUCUGGUCUAGGAGGGUGAAGUCGGCCUCUAAAAUGGACCGCCACUUGUCGAGGGUGGGCUCCUUCAUCCCUCUGUUGGCGUACGUCUGCAGCUGAAUGUCAGUCAGGAGAAAGAGGAGAGCGCUCAGACGGCCGGCCCUUCGGUGAUGCCAUCCCCCUCCCGUCUCUCUCUCUCUCUCUCUCUGCCUAUCCCUCUACUUACUGCGGCCAUGAGUUUCCGCCAUGCGCCCGCCAGCUCCUGGCCGGCCGUGACGACACUGCGGCGAAAUUGGUGGGUGUCGCCAUUCACAACAAUCGAGCAGAAACUGCACCGCACCACACAGACAAGGAACGACAGGCAUAUCCAGGCAUUCGCAGGUGCGUGUUCGUGUUCGUGUCUUAUUCUCUACCAGUCGAGAGCGGCUUCGAGGACGUCUGUGCGGUAGUUCCUCUGAGUGUUUGGAAAGAGUGCCCUGUAGUUCUUGGUGAACUCAGAACGGUACGACCGGUCUGCUGACGGGAAGCCGAACAGGGUCGCCGCAGCAUCCUGGUCACAGACAGACCAUGUGGCACAUCCACACGACACACACUCUCAACCUACUCAGGCUCAACGCACCACCCUCCCUCCCUCUCUCCCUCCCUCCCUCCCUCACCGUAGCUGUGAGCAGCUGUUGGCACCUCCUUGAGCCAGCGUCGCUCUUGAACUCCGGCUUGAAGCUGAGCACCUCGGCGACCUCGUAGCGCAUCAGCCCAAGAGAGAUGAACAGCUGCGCCAGGGCCUUCUCCACAUCCGCAUUUGCCCCAUCAGAAGCAACAUCUCCCAAGCGGCCCGGGCAGGGUGAGUCGCUUGCCAAUGGCGGAGGGGUGGGUGGUCGGGCGGGUGAUGGCUGUACGGUGCUGGCCAUGGGACGAUGGAACAGACGCAGAAUGCUGAGUCAAUUUGAACCAGCUGGUGAGUCAGUUGAGCCGGAGAGGAGAUGGCAACCAGAUC